AUGGUGAAGACCCUUGAUUGCUGGAGGUUUGGUACCAAAUGCGCCGGCUGUUCCCAAGGCAUCUCCCCCAGCGACCUGGUCCGGAAAGCCCGGAAUAAAGUGUUUCACCUGAACUGUUUCACCUGCAUGGUCUGCAACAAACAGCUUUCCACGGGCGAGGAACUGUAUAUCAUCGACGAGAACAAAUUUGUUUGCAAAGAGGAUUAUUUGAACUCUCCCACCCUGAAGGAAGGCAGCCUCAACUCAGAUUACCAAGGUGACUACUACGGCCCGGGAGGCAAUUAUGACUUUUUCCCCCACGGGCCGCCCUCCCAAGCCCAAUCCCCGGCCGAUUCCAGCUACCUUCAGAACUCAGGACCCGGCUCCACCCCCCUGGGACCCUUGGAGCCCCCCCUAAGCGGACACCACUCCUCAGAAAACCAAAGGUACACGGAUAUGAUCUCACACCCCGACACCCCCAGCCCCGAGCCGGGGAUGACCGGGUCACUUCACCCCAUCCCUGGGGAGGUCUUCAGCGGGGGGCCCAGCCCCCCUUUCUCCAUGUCCAGCAAUAGCGGCUACAGCGGGGGGCUCCCGCACCCCAACCCGGAGCUCAGCGAGGCGGCGGUGUGGUAG